AUGCUUAAACCUAAAAAUAUUACACUGGUUCUUAAACAGGCGACCACAGGAGGCGUUAAAGCAACACUUCUUUUAAAUUCUGAAGGUUCUCCUUUAGCUUUUGUUUCUGAAUUGGAUCGUGAGGCCAGAAUUUAUGCAGCUAUAGCAUCUAAUAUUUGGUGCACUUUUGAAAAAACCGGAAAAAAUUUAAUGAAAGAUGAUGGAUUGAAAUUUUUAUUAGUAGAGUGUGAAGAAGGAAAUGUUGCUAUCACAACAGUUAGCAAUAUGCUAUUAUGCCUUGUCGCAAAACCUAAUGUUGAAUUGGGAAUAUUAAAGGCAAAG